AUGGCUAGUAAUGCUAGAGAAGACACACAAAGUAAUAAUGUUGCUUUUACUGAUAAUGAAGUUGAAAUUCAGAGUAAUGCUAAUCCAACUUUAGAAACUCUACAACCAAUGGAUAAUAAUGCCUCAAAUCCAGAAGGAUCAACUCCUGUUGAAGGUGACAAUAAGGCUAAUGUUAAGAGUGCUUAUUGGGAGUAUUUUGAUCGUUUAAAAGUUGAAGCAAAACAAGCACAGGUGCAAAAAGUAAAUGAAGAUGGCUUUGUGUUUGAUCCUUUAAAGACAAGAAAGUGUGUCGCCGAAAUGAUUGUCCUGCAUGAGUAUCCUUUGAGUUGUGUGGACCACCAUGGAAUGAGGCGAGCGUUUGCAUCAAUGCAACCAACAUUUAAAAUGCCUAGUCGCAACACAGUUAGGAAAGACAUCUUGAAGAUGUUUGGGGAUGAGAAGCUGAAUUUAACUCUUCAACUAGAUAAAAAUGAUAGCAUAGUUGCAAUAACUAGUGACAUGUGA